AUGAGCGACGCGGCGAUGGGCGUGGAGGAGGAGAACGGCGUGCUCACUCUCAUCGUGCCCCGACCGCACAUCACUGGGGUGGAGGCGGCGCAGCGGACGAUGGUGGAGGCGUGGGGGAUCGUGCGCGAGGCGUUCGUGGAUCCCACCUUCAACCACCAGGACUGGGACCGCCGCCUCGCCGCCGCCAUUCGCGGCAGCGUCUCGGCGGGCAGCGCGGACGACGCGUACGCGCUCGUGCACGACAUGCUGGCGACGCUGGGCGACCCGUUCACUCGCCUGGUGUCGCCGAGCGACUACGACAGCUUCCGCGUGAGCAGCGACGGCGGUCUCGAGGGAGUGGGGCUGUUGCUCGCCUCCGACACCACUGACGGCCGCCUGGUGCGCUCCUCCCCCCCCUUCCCACGCGCGCUGGCCUCCGCGCGCUGA